AUGGCUCUCCCCAUCGAAAUCAUCGUGUGGAUCUUCGAAAUCUACUGCCACACCUACCGCAUACGGUCAAAACACUUGACGUUAUCCAAACUCCUAUACGCGGCGUUGGUGCCGCUAGUGUAUCACCACCCGGUGCUUAAGGCGACAAAUUUCUAUGGCUUUGUUGAUGCCAUCACCAAGAAGCGCCAUUUGGGCCGCCAGGUGAAACAGUUGGACAUGAGUACCGUGGUCCAGCUGGGCAAAAACGCCUUUGUCGCCAAGCUCCUCAAACGGCUGGCGCCGUCGCUCGAGAUGUUCGUCGCCCCCUGUACCUCGUUUGGUUUUGGCCCUCUUCUAGCGUUGAAAAACUGUCUCAACCUUAAGAUCCUCGACCUCUCGUUGGUUCUGGAAAUGCUCGACCUCGGCGAGUUGUUUCGCCUGGUGAGCCGGCUCCAGCAUCUUACCCAUCUUGCAUUCCCGCGGUCGCUGGUGGAAAUCACCGACUACGAGACCAUUUGCUGGCCGCCUCGCCUAGCGCAUCUCCACAUCUCCGGUGGGGUUACCGACGACUUCCUCAUUAAGCUGACGUUCCCGCUGACGAUCACCACCCUCGAGUUCUCCAACUGUCCUCAGAUCCACGACUCUGGGUUUCACGAUAUCUUACUCAAAGUGGGACGAAAUCUCACUUGUUUCCGUAUCCAAUACCCCAUGCCCAAUCUCUCGCUGGGGGCCCUGGAUGUGGUGUUUAACUACGCGCCCUUUCUCAAAGAGCUCGAGGUGCUGGUCGAGUACGUGCUGGGAACGUUUUUCGACGAAGACAACCUCGUGCCGGACCCGCAACGUCCGUUGAGGGUGCUCUACCUCGGGUCGCUGGGCUCGCUCGGAACCACCACCAAACUUGAUCCCAUCGACUUGGCAAUUGCCCUUGAUGAUGGACGAUUACCUAACCUUAAGCAUGUCAUCACUCUGGCCCGGCUAGGCUGGGGUGAAAACACCGAAUCAGUGGCGUAUAUUGCUGAUGACCUCGAUCAAAAGGGCGGUGGCCUUCGUAUGGUCCAUUGA